CUGAAAUAAGAUGGAGGCUCGUCACCAGUUCCUUGCGUCUCAGGGCAAUGCUCUGAGACGGAUAGGUCAUGACAAGAUUGAAGGGGAGCUGACGGAAGAAGCCAUCGCGGAUUUCAAAGAAGCGUUUGCAUUUUUUGACCGAGACAGAGAUGGGCUUAUCUACCAACGAGACAUUGAUGCGAUCAAGGAUGAGAUGGGCGAUCGUCUCAGCGAGAACGAAAUCAAAGAGCUCAGAAGCGAUCCAAUAUUCGAGAAUUCUAAAUGUACUCACUCAACAUAUGAAAACACAACAUUAAAUACUUGCGGCAUCUUGCAGCUCUUGUUCCACCUAAAGUACUUAAAAACUACAUUGACUCUCGUCAUCAUCUCAAUCUCAUUUAUCUUCUAUUCUCGUCAUCACGUCAUCGGUUCCAACUAAAAUAUAACAGGUUCCAAAAUAAACAAAUCUUCCCUCUCCUCCAUCUUCUCAACAUUCAACCUCGUUUAUAAUCAUUAGCUUUGAUGCAGGGGUUAGUAUCCUAAACGACCUACAAUCUAGACCUCUCAUCUUCAUUAUUUAUCUAUCGUCCCCCAGAACAACCUCUGUGCUCUCUCAUUUAUGAUCUAUCUUCAGUACUCUCAUCAUUCCCAUCUCCCUUCCCAGGCGGUGUCGGUUUUCCGGAGUUUUUGUCGAUGAUGGUACGUCGGCAAUUGGGCACUGCGGAUAGGCAAGACGAAAUGGUGGAGUGUUUCGAAGCCCUCUGUCCCGACGACCAAAAUGGCGGACUAACCAAAAACUACAUCCCCACAGAAGAAUUACGAACGAUGAUAGAAGGGAUGCGAGAACGAGCUUCCGAGAAAGAAAUCGAUGAUUUAGUUUAUGAAAUAGUGCUGGACGAAGACGAUCCUCAUAUUUUCUAGUCACACGAAGAAUAGAACGAGACAAUGACAAGGACUUCUACUACGUACUUCCUCGUCCACCGAACAAUACACCUGCACCUUCAUCUUGCCUCUUUUUCAUCCAGCGCGAAGAAGUAGGAUCAUUACCUUUCUGUUUUUCCAUGUCGAAGAUCUUUCUCCUCUUAUACAUACAAGUUCUAUCUUGUUCUUCUAAUCCCUCGCUAUGGCUGACCCACGUGGGAUAGGGAGAGUCUAUUUGGAGAAUUUUGCCCAACUUUUUGAGGAAGGACACGCGUGUACGAAUUUGGACGAUAUGGUGCAAAACCAGUUGCGAUCGCGUGGAAGCGAGGUUUUCCGUCAUUUCACUCCAACACAGAGCAAUAGUUCCCUAGUACGGAUGGACUCAUCGAUAAUGUAGAGGUCGUCGAGGUGAGGUCGUCGAAGUGAUGGACGAAUUCUGAGGAGCAAGUUGGGGUGAGGUCGUCGAAGUGAUGGACGAUGAGGAGCAGGUUGGCGGAAAGCUUCAUCUUCUAUGACGCAGAAUAGCAGCACGACAACAUAGGAAAUGAAUGCCCAAGAUGCAUAGCAAAUGGUUGGAAUUGCCAUUGGAUUUGGAGAAGCAGUCUCCUGCGACGUAAGCUCCUUUUUCACCAUGAUGCAUUGCACAAAGUAGGCUUUUACAUCAGUUGCAGAUGUAGUUGUUGUAGUAGUCGUAGAAAUAGGCUUAGAAGUACACUUCAUUUGCAUAAUAUGAGAUUGGACGGAUACGACUAACCGGAUGUAUACUAGAAAUGACAUUGGUGGAUCACAAGUUCAUUAUGAAAUUGAAAUUGUCGUUGUUUUUCUAAGAAAUGAGAAAGUAGAGACCUUGUUCUACAAAG